CAGACUCUUCCCUCUCCGCUGUUUUUCAUAAGCAUUCUCUUUCUGUGGACGAAACUGAACCUGAGAAAAACCAAAACCAGAGAGCCAGAGAUAGAGAGAGAGAUUGAGAAAGAGAGCAUUAGUUAAAGAGCUCGUCUUUGAAGAAACACGACCUCCCAUAUUCACUAAUGGCUCUAAAGCUUAACCCUUUGGCAUCUCAGCCCUACAAAUUCCCUUCCUCGGCUCGUCCGCCGAUUUCUACUUUCAGAUCUCCCAAGUUUCUCUCCCUCGCUUCAUCCUCUCCGGCUCUCAGCUCCGGCGCCAAGGAGGUUGAGAGUUUGAAGAAGCCAUUUACGCCACCUAGGGAAGUGCACGUUCAAGUCUUGCACUCCAUGCCACCCCAAAAAAUCGAGAUCUUCAAAUCUAUGGAAGACUGGGCGGAGAAGAACCUUCUAAUUCAUCUCAAGGAUGUGGAGAAGUCGUGGCAACCCCAGGAUUUCUUACCUGACCCUGCAUCCGAUGGGUUUGAAGAUCAGGUAAGAGAGUUAAGAGAGAGGGCAAGAGAGCUCCCGGACGAUUACUUUGUUGUUCUGGUGGGAGACAUGAUCACAGAAGAAGCGCUUCCCACCUAUCAAACUAUGUUGAACACUCUGGAUGGAGUUCGGGAUGAAACAGGUGCUAGUCCCACUUCAUGGGCUAUUUGGACAAGAGCUUGGACUGCAGAAGAAAACCGACAUGGCGAUCUUCUGAAUAAAUACCUUUACUUGUCUGGCCGUGUUGACAUGAGGCAGAUUGAAAAGACGAUUCAGUACUUGAUUGGAUCUGGAAUGGAUCCGCGGACAGAGAACAAUCCCUACCUUGGCUUCAUCUAUACUUCAUUCCAAGAAAGAGCAACCUUCAUCUCUCACGGAAACACAGCUCGCCAAGCCAAAGAGCAUGGGGACUUGAAAUUAGCCCAGAUAUGUGGAACAAUAGCUGCAGACGAGAAGCGUCAUGAAACCGCGUACACCAAGAUAGUUGAAAAGCUCUUUGAGAUCGAUCCUGAUGGUACUGUCAUGGCUUUUGCAGACAUGAUGAGAAAGAAAAUCUCAAUGCCUGCUCACUUGAUGUACGAUGGGCGCAACGACAACCUCUUUGACAACUUCUCUUCCGUGGCUCAGAGGCUCGGUGUUUACACUGCCAAAGACUAUGCAGACAUUCUUGAGUUUUUGGUUGGUAGGUGGAAAAUCGGAGACUUAAACGGGCUUUCAGGUGAAGGAAACAAAGCACAAGACUAUUUAUGCGGGUUGGCUCCAAGAAUCAGGAGACUGGAUGAGAGAGCUCAAGCAAGAGCCAAGAAAGGACCCAAAAAAAACCCAUUUGUCUCGGCUCCUCAUUCGAUCUGUGUGCUCUUGAAAUUGGUGUAGAUUACUAUGGUUUCUGAUGAUGUUCGUGGGUCUAGUUACAAAGUUGAGAAGCAGUGAUUUAGUAGCUUUGUUUUUCCCAGUCACUAUAUGUUUUGUGUUUGGUCCCUUAGUACACUUCUAGUCGUUAAACAGUUAAAAGUCUGGUCUGUACUCAGUUUUCACUGUGGAGUUUUGUUUCAGUUCAGGUUAGUUUUGCUUUCUCCCUGCUCUUCCUUCUAAACAAGAACUCAUGUUGUGGCUUUUAGCAGUUUUGAUGGAUAAUCAUGAUGAA